GUUUCUCUCUCUCUCUCUCUCUCUCUCUCUCUCUCUCUCUCUCUGUUCCCCUUUCAUUCUGCUUCCCCGGAGCCGAAUGAAGCAGGCAGCAGGAUUAGAGUCCGCCAGCUAUCAGAAGAGUCUAGAUAAAAGGAACUGCUUCUUAAGCACCACUGCUGCAGCCCUUGUUGAUUUUUUUUUCUUUCCACACAACAGUUGUGCCUCAUUAUCUGGUGCCUGGCUCGAUUUUUUUUUUUUUUUUUUUUUUUUUGGAGGGUUUGAAGUUUCUGGGCUUCAGUGACUGUUACAGAAGAAGAGGUGUUAGUGUUGCCUGGAGGUCUUGAUUGUCUGCAUUUAUGAAUGAAACUGACCUAAAUCACCUGUUACCUCCAGUUUCCAGAUUGUUUGAACUUCUGUGGCCGCACAAUACGGGACCCGAGACUGAAGCAGCAUAGGACCCACAGUGCCUGCAGCAUGGGCUGGUUCGCUAGGAUUGUCUGUCUUUUCUGGGGAGUAUUACUUACAGCAAGAGCAAACUAUCAAAAUGGGAAGAACAAUGUGCCAAGGCUGAAAUUAUCCUACAAAGAAAUGUUGGAAUCCAACAAUGUGAUCACUUUCAAUGGCUUGGCCAACAGCUCCAGUUAUCAUACCUUCCUUUUGGAUGAGGAACGGAGUAGGCUGUAUGUUGGAGCAAAGGAUCACAUGUUUUCAUUCAACCUGGUUAAUAUCAAGGAUUUUCAAAAGAUUGUGUGGCCAGUGUCUUACACCAGAAGGGAUGAAUGCAAGUGGGCUGGAAAAGAUAUCCUGAAAGAAUGUGCUAAUUUCAUCAAGGUGCUUAAGGCUUAUAAUCAGACUCACUUGUACGCCUGUGGAACGGGGGCUUUUCAUCCAGUUUGCACCUACGUUGAAAUUGGACAUCAUCCUGAGGACAACAUUUUUAAGCUGGAAGACUCACAUUUUGAAAAUGGCCGUGGGAAGAGCCCAUAUGACCCUAAACUGCUGACGGCAUCUCUUUUAAUAGAUGGAGAAUUAUACUCCGGAACGGCAGCUGAUUUUAUGGGGCGAGACUUUGCUAUCUUCCGAACUCUUGGGCACCACCACCCAAUCAGGACAGAGCAGCACGAUUCCAGGUGGCUCAAUGAUCCAAGGUUCAUUAGUGCCCACCUCAUCCCAGAAAGUGACAACCCUGAAGAUGACAAAGUGUAUUUUUUCUUCCGUGAAAAUGCGAUAGAUGGAGAACACACUGGAAAAGCCACUCAUGCUAGAAUAGGUCAGAUAUGCAAGAAUGACUUCGGGGGCCACAGAAGUCUGGUGAAUAAAUGGACAACAUUCCUCAAAGCUCGUCUCAUUUGUUCAGUGCCAGGUCCAAAUGGCAUUGACACUCAUUUUGAUGAAUUGCAGGAUGUAUUCCUAAUGAAUUCUAAAGAUCCUAAAAAUCCAAUUGUAUAUGGAGUGUUUACAACUUCCAGUAACAUCUUCAAGGGGUCAGCCGUGUGCAUGUAUAGCAUGAGUGAUGUGAGAAGGGUGUUCCUGGGUCCAUAUGCUCACAGGGAUGGUCCCAACUACCAGUGGGUGCCUUAUCAAGGAAGAGUCCCCUACCCACGACCAGGAACUUGUCCCAGUAAAACAUUUGGUGGAUUUGAGUCUACAAAAGACCUUCCUGAUGAUGUUAUAACAUUUGCCAGAAGUCAUCCAGCCAUGUACAAUCCAGUGUUUCCUAUUAAUAACCGGCCGAUAAUGAUCAAAACAGAUGUAAAUUACCAGUUUACACAAAUUGUAGUAGAUCGAGUGGAUGCAGAAGAUGGCCAGUAUGAUGUCAUGUUUAUUGGAACAGAUGUUGGAACCGUUCUUAAAGUAGUUUCAAUUCCUAAGGAGACUUGGCAUGAUUUAGAAGAAGUUCUGCUGGAAGAAAUGACAGUUUUUCGGGAACCAACUGCUAUUUCAGCAAUGGAGCUUUCCACUAAGCAGCAACAACUAUAUAUCGGCUCUACUGUGGGAGUCACACAGCUCCCUUUACACAGAUGUGACAUUUACGGGAAAGCCUGUGCAGAGUGCUGCCUUGCCCGAGACCCUUACUGUGCCUGGGAUGGCUCUUCAUGCUCUCGCUAUUUUCCUACUGCAAAGAGACGCACAAGACGACAAGAUAUAAGAAAUGGAGAUCCGCUGACUCACUGUUCAGACUUACAACACCAUGAUAAUCACCAUGGCCACAGCUUUGAAGAAAGAAUCAUCUAUGGAGUAGAAAAUAGUAGCACGUUCCUGGAAUGCAGUCCAAAAUCACAGCGAGCUCUGGUCUAUUGGCAAUUCCAGAGGCGAAAUGAAGAGCGAAAAGAAGAGAUCAGAGUGGAUGAUCAUAUCAUUAGGACCGAACAAGGCCUUCUAUUGCGUAGUCUGCAGCGGAAGGAUUCAGGCAAUUACCUCUGUCAUGCCGUGGAACACGGAUUCAUGCAAACUCUUCUUAAAGUGACCCUGGAAGUCAUCGACACAGAGCAUUUGGAAGAACUUCUUCAUAAAGAUGAUGAUGGAGAUGGCUCUAAGACCAAAGAAAUCUCCAACAGCAUGACACCUAGCCAGAAGGUCUGGUACAGAGACUUCAUGCAACUCAUCAACCACCCCAACCUGAACACAAUGGAUGAGUUCUGCGAACAAGUUUGGAAAAGGGACCGAAAACAGCGUCGGCAAAGGCCAGGACAUACCCAAGGGAACAGUAACAAAUGGAAGCACUUACAGGAAAAUAAGAAAGGUAGAAACAGGAGGACCCACGAAUUUGAGAGGGCACCCAGGAGUGUCUGAGCUGCAUUACCUCUAGAAACCUCAAACAAGUAGAAACUUGCCUAGACAAUAACUGGAAAAAAUGCAAUAUACAUGAACUUUUUUCAUGGCAUUAUAUGGAUGUUUACAAUGGUGGGAAGUGCACCUGAGUUCCACCAAUUAUAAAUUAAGUCCAUGAGUAACUUUACUAACAGGCUUUCUUCCUAAUACCAACACUUAAUAGAGGUCAGGUGAAUGCAGAUGUUCACACUAGUGACUUAAUGUUUCCUAUGAGAUUUCACUAUACAGGUUUUGCUUUCUUCUUUGCCUGAGAAAUAAAAAUGUCAUUUGCCAUGUUGCCAUCUAAAGAAGAAAAACUGCAUCAGCAAAGCCAUUUUAUUGAACUAGAAGUUUUAAACUGCAUGGAUUUACUAAGCUGAUGAAUAUUCCAAAACACUGUUGGAUUCAAGGAUAUUUUUUGUCUACCAGUACUCGUGUUUAUAUGUACCGGAGGAGUAAAAUGAUACUGAAUUAAACGGUCUGUGGAAAUACGAAAAACAUAAACCAUCCAUCAUCCAGAAGAAAAAUGGAAUACACUGAUCUACUACUGAUGUCUUCUUCCAGCUUUGAUCUAAAGAUGUAUUUUAUUAAAACUAUAAUUUAAAUGUACCAUGACAAAUAUGCAGAAAAAAGUAGCUCUUUUCUAAGCUAGAGUAGGUUUUUGUCUUACAAUUAUUGUGCUAUGUAGUUUUUGUUUUUAAAAACUCCAAUUGUGUGCUGCUUUUUUUAAAACGUUGUUUUCAGUUUUGCAAGAGGAAUAACCAAUAUUGUCCUAGAAACAUAUAUACAUCAUUAACAACCAAUUCCUAAAAUCUGGAUAUAAAUUAUGCUUUAUUUCUCUGAGGAAUUAAAAAAAAAACUUCCCCUUCUUCAAAUAUUAUCUAAAUUAAUUAGAACCCUGCAUAAUGUUCUUAGAAAAACAGAGCAUUUAACCCGAAAAAAAAAGAGAAGAAAGAAAUAGAUUUGUAAAUGCAUUUUCUUGUACCUAAUGGAUCAACAAAGAGAAAAGGAACUGCAUAUUUCAUGCAAAUAGUAAGCAUUGGUUUAAUGUUAAUAGAAAAUGUCUUAAUUCUGCGCUUGAAUUCCUGCCUGAUAUUUGAGACAUAAAAACUCUCUCUCAUGACUCCAUUUGGAAUUUUAUCUGUCACUUAAUUUUUUUGAGAAGAGGGAGAUCAGUAAUAUUUAGAACAACCUCCUAAAAGCAAAUUUCCCAACUCUGUUUACAUUUUUAUCAGCUGCCUCUUAUCUCACCUUGUUUAAGACAAUUAUCUGUCUAAAGAACACAUGACUCUCUUCAGGUCAAUGGGAGUGACUUAUACAAACUAUUUUCCAGGACACGGCUCACACUUAAAACAUGUAAAGCUCUUUGUCUCCUGCAACAACUUAUAAAAUAAGAUAAAAGAUUAUUAAUUAAGGGCUUGCCUGCUUCAUUGUCCUAAGAUGAUUCUUUGAGAAUCAUUGACUUCAAGAUGUAUAAGACCUUCAGCAUUGCAAUGCAGUUUUGCACUGCACUCAUCUUUCCAAGAAUCCCUCUCUGGGUCCUUCAUCACGCACAAAAAUGCAAAGGAAACAUCUUAUUGCUAAUUAAUGAAAGCAGCAUUGAAAUUGUAACUCUAGCUGUCUUGGGAUUCUAAUUAACUCAGCAUUAAUUUCUCACCUCAGACUACAGUGAACUUUUUUUGAAUUCUCUAUCAGCUGAAAUAUUCACAGAUGGAAGCUCAUGUUUCAGUUUUAAUGAUUACUUUGAAUAAAUGAUUUUUUGACGUUUGUUUCAAAUGGGAGCCUAAAAAUAUUCUACAUUCAAUUUUAGGCUCCAAUGAUUAAUACAAUGUUACUUUUAGAAGUACAUCCUCAAAUGGUAGCUAAAUUUUAAAUUAUUUGAA